AUGGAAAUCUGCAAUAAGUCCCAUUGGACCGACCUGUCGAACUCAUGCGUCCGCGAUUCUCUCGCGGCUGUCGCUCCCGCUCUUCUCGUGGCCGGUGUGCUCAUCGCAUCUAUUCCUCAACUGCGGAGGACGCUCUCCAAACUGGGGAGACCUUUUGCAGACUUCCUUUCUUACUCUGAAGCUGAAGCCCUCCUCUCCGAGCCCCAUCACAGCACGCACGAGGAAGAUCAGCGAGCGUCCCCUUGGUCGCCCAUUUUCCUAUGCGCCGUCUCGCUCGCCAUAUCCCUCGUCUGGCUUACUCUGGGAUGCUAUCGUCUCGUUAUGGACUCCGGUUUAUGGAGCGGGACUCGCGACAUACUCGUCUCUAGUACCUGGCUUUAUGCUGCUCUCCGCCCCCUCAUAUGGCCAUUUUUCUCUGUCCCUUUCGACCUCUUCUCGCUGUUCACCCUACACAUGCUCUUUAGCAUCAUCGUCGGCUUCGGAUACGUGUACGAUGAUUAUGUCUAUGCAACUCCAUUUCCAUCCACUCUCGAGACCGCGCUGUUCAUGGGCAAUGCCGUCGCUGUCGCCGUGCUUCUCGCCGUGGUAUUGAACAUGCGGCUCACGACCAGCUCCGAGAUCAAGGACUAUGGCGUAGAUGGCACUCCAGAGGACCACACCAAUCUCUGGGGAUGGAUGUCCUUCGACUGGGUCACACCGCUGCUCCGGAAGGCGGUCGCCAACACCACGCUCACCCAGAGCGACGUAUACUCUAUCAGCCCCAUCAUGCAAGCGCGUCCGCUCUUCAUCAAGUUCUCCCGCCUUCGAGGCGGCCUACUUGGUCGCGUCUGGCGAGCAAACUCGCGCGAUAUGAUCCUGGACGUUGGCUUGACGUACGUUAGCAUUGUGCUAAGUUAUGCCGGCCCGUUCUUUCUGAAGCACAUCCUCGACGCGCUGGAUGAUACCCGAGGAGAUCAGGGGCCCGAGGCGCGCGCCAUUGCGUAUGUGUAUGCGAUCGCGGCGUUCUCAUGUACCCUCCUUGGGGCGCAAAUUGACUUACAACAUCUGUACUUCGGGAGAAGAGCGGCGAUCAGGGUACGAACGGAACUCAUGGUUGCGAUCUACGACAAAGCACUGAAAAGGAAGACCUUGUCGGGAGCCGCGAGCAAUGGGCACGGCCAGAACAACAACCUCCCUGCCAAGUCGGAGGCGUCUCCCAGCAGCGCAAACAGCGGAAAGGUCCUGAAUCUCAUGUCAGCUGACGUCAGCUCUGUCUCCAACACGGUGUCGACGGCACACAUUAUUUACGGAGCGCCGUUCCAGAUCGUAAUCGCUACGUUGUUCCUCUACGAAAUUCUCGGCUGGGCCGCCUUCGCUGGUUUCAUUGUUGUCCUCUUGACCUUGCCUUUAAACAAUAUGAUGGCGAAGAGGACUAGUGCGAUAGCUAAACGAACCUCCGCGGCGCGCGACAGUCGAAUGGGCGUGCUGAACGAGCUCAUCACAGCGAUCAAGUUCAUCAAAUUCUUCGCCUGGGAAGACAAGUGGGUGGAACGUGUCCUCAGUGCUCGCACCGUCGAGCUGCAUUGGAUAACCAAAGAACGCGUCAAUUCAAUCUUGUUUUCUCUGCUUGGAUAUAUCUCGCCAGUACUAGUCUCGGCCGCGUCAUUCUACGUGUACAUUGCGCAAGGAAAUGAACUGAGCAUCGGCACUGCGUUCACGGCCCUUGCACUAUACUCCAAAGUGCGCCAGCCCUUCAACACUGUCAACACCUUCUUCUCCCAGCUCCUUCGGUCCAAAGUGGCGCUCGAUCGGAUAGCAACCUAUCUCGACGAGGAUGAAAUAGACGGACAGGUCUCGAAUUUGCAGAGGAAUCCCGUCGACGAGGAGGACCCGGGUCUAGCGAUUGUCGAUGGCUCAUUUCGGUGGAAUUCCAUUGGAACCGACACUAGCAAUGCGGGAGAGUCGGUCGCAGCGCCGAUAUUCAACACCUCCGCAUCUUCGGCACACCAUGACUUUGAGUUGAAGGACAUCAACAUCGUUUUUCCGGAAGGCAGGCUCACUCUCGUAACCGGACCCACUGCAGGCGGGAAGACGGCACUUCUGAUGGCGUUGCUCGGUGAAAUGACGACUCUGCACGGUCGAGUGUUUACAUCGAAGAACUCGUCCAAGAUCGACGAUCGUGGGCUUAUCCGCUCAAUCUCUUACGCGGCGCAAACACCAUGGCUUCGCCACCAGAGUAUCAGGGAGAAUGUUCUGUUUGGAUUUCCAUACAACGAUGAUCGUUACAGAGCCGUGAUCGAAUGCUGUGCAUUGAUUCCAGACCUGGAGAUGCUCGAGGACGGAGAUGCGACGGAGAUUGGUACACGUGGCGUCACCUUGUCUGGUGGCCAAAAAGCUCGUGUGGCACUUGCUCGGGCGGUCUACGCUCCAACGAAGUAUGUGCUUCUAGACGAUCCGCUGAGUGCGGUGGAUAGCCACACGGCGCGGUUCCUAGUCGAAAGACUUCUGCGUGGACCGCUGCUAGCCGGUCGCACUGUGAUCCUUGUUACUCACCACGUCGACCUUGUGCUGCCAAGCGCACAUUAUCUUUUGCGCAUGGUAAACGGCCGCAUCGAGACACAAGGCACUGUGGAAGACUUGCGCGUACGUGGCAUUCUAGGUACCGUCGCGGCACUCGAGGAGCGCGAACUCGCGGCGGGAUCCAGGGAACGUUUAGUAGCUUCUGAAGUUGGAACUGUCCCUGGUGGGAAGCCGAUCGAGGUUGAAAAAACUGCCUUGAAGAAACCAAGAGUGCUAGUCGAAGAGGAGCGUCGCGCCGUGGGUCGCAUCAAGUGGCCGACAUACAAAGCUUAUCUUGAGGCCUCAUCCUAUUGGACAUGGGUCAUCUUGGGUAUACUUGUGUUCGUUUCGCAAUUUGUCGGCGUAGGAGAGAAGGUCUGGAUAAAGAUCUGGGGUGAAGCAUACCGGAUGGGAGGUUCCCUACCAGCUAUGCAGCUCUCCGCUAUGUACUGGGGAAGCACCAAAGGCCAGAAAGCCUUGCCCGCCAGCGCGCGGUCUGUCGCACAAGUGCUACUUACCCCUACCGGCGACCAAUCCACCCGCUGGGCCAAUAUGACCUUUCCUCCCGCUGAAGAGCACCCAUACUUCUACAUCGGGAUCUAUACAGCCAUCGCAUUGUCUGCGGGGCUGAUCAGCGUUUGCGCAGCUAUAGCGCAGUACGCCGGCGGACUCCGAGCUUCAAGAUUGAUGUUCGAGCAACUGCUGAAUAACGUUGUGCGUGCCACUAUGCGAUGGUACGACACUACACCUCAAGGUCGUCUACUGAAUCGGUUCAGCAAGGACAUUGAGACCAUCGACACCUCGCUUGGUCAGACACUGCGGUCGAUCUCCGAAUCUCUGGCCUCCCUGGUAGUAUCGCUAGUGAUCAUUACCGUCAUAUUUCCCUUGUUCGUCGUACCAGCGACUAUCCUCACAUACUUCUACAUCCUCAUUGCGUCGUUGUACCAACCGGCGGGACGCGACAUCCGACGAAUGGAAUCGACGUCAAAGAGCCCAAUCUUCUCUGGCCUGAGCGAGGUUCUGGACGGAAUUGUCACCAUUCGCGCCUUCAGCGUAGAGGCGCGUUUCCUGGACGACUUCUUCAAGAAAGUCGACGCCGCAACGCAGAUGUUCCAUAUGUUCUGGCAGGUCAACCGAUGGCUACAGUUGCAGCUGCAGGUGGUCAAUGCGAUUAUGGUCCUAACAACGACGCUCUUCGCGCUGUCGGGCUAUGUGAGCGCGGGUCUCGCUGGUAUCUGCAUCACUUCGGCGAUAUCUUUCACGGGGGAUGUAUAUUGGGUCUGUCGCAACUGGGCUAACCUGGAGCUCGAGUUCAACUCUGUCGAACGCAUUGUGGAGUACCUCGAUCUCCCGAAGGAGCCCCCAACGCACAUCUCGAAGAGCAGACCCCCCGCAUACUGGCCGUCAUCGACCAGCACGAACGGGGAUUCCCUUCUCGUUGUCAGGGACCUCGUCGUCAAGUACGCUCCUGAACUCCCUCCGGUGCUCCAUGGGGUCUCGUUCUCCCUCAGAGCAAGAGAGCGCGUAGGGUUGAUUGGGCGUACGGGGAGCGGGAAGUCGACGUUGGCGAUGAGCCUUCUGCGAUUCGUCGAGCCUGCGAGCGGGAGCAUCAUCAUUGACGGUAUAGACAUCAGCAGUGUCGGUCUGCAUGACCUUCGUUCUCGGAUUACGUUCAUACCGCAGGAUGCCACAUUGUUCUCGGGGACUCUGCGCGAGAACCUGGACCCGUUCAACGAGCAUACUGAUGCCGAAUGUCUCGAUGUCUUAUACCGCGUCCACUUGCUGUCGGACGCGCGUGCUACUCCAAAUUCUCGGGACUCACAUCCGGAAAUCACAGGUGGAGAUGCCACCAGAGGAGAUGCAGAAGGAAAACUCGAAGAAACGACGCGCACGAUUACCCUGGACGCGGAGGUCUCGGCCGGAGGAACAAACUUCUCUCAAGGGCAGCGGCAGCUUAUCGCGAUGGCGCGGGCACUUCUCCGCCAUAGCGCGUUGGUGAUACUCGAUGAGGCUACAAGCAGCAUAGAUAUGGAGACGGACGCGAAGAUACAGGCAACGAUCCGGGAGGAGUUCAAGGAGUCGAUGUUGCUCACCGUGGCGCAUCGUCUGCGGACGAUCGUCGACUAUGACCGGCUCCUGGUGCUGGACAAGGGCAAAGUCGUUGAGUUCGACACGCCGCUCAACCUUAUUCAUAGGGAAGGAGGGAUUUUCAGGAGCUUGUGUGCGGAGAGCGGGACGUUGGAGGAGCUCGAGGAGGUGGCGAGGGCGAAAACGGACAGGGACUCUCUUGUUGGUAGAUCCUAG